CCACACUUCGAUACAACGCCACGCGCACAAAACCCAAAACCAUUGGUUAAAUACUGUGUUCGGAGAGGCGCGCUUCUCACAGUUCCCUCUUCCCUUACCGAACUAAAGAGAGAGAGCCAAGGGGGUUAAUCUAUAAUGGCUUCUUCUUCUUCUUCGACUCUUCCUCAUCGAAUCUCUUGUCUCCUUCUUCUUGCUGUCUUCUUUCUUUCAUCAUCCUUGGUCGCAUCGGACUCGGAGGCGCUCAAAGGUGUUGGUCCUGGCCACUCUGUUCUAUAUGUCAACCUUACUCCGUGUGAGCGUAUCCAAGUCUCUGGCUACCCAAGAACAGAGUUAGGAAAAUAUGCACAUUCUUUUAAGGUGAAGCUGGCUCCAUUGGUUACUGUCUCAGAGAGGUUACACAGCAAAAUUCAGUUUUGUCUUCACCGGAAUGUUUCACUUGGAAUGUGCCAGUGUGAGAAAUCUGAUUGGAAAAACCUUCAGAAAGGCCAGUGGAGUUUUGCCAUGUCGCCAUAUGAUACACAAUUCAUUGAUGUAAAGUUUACUGGUGAAAGGUCUGGUUUAGUCAACAUCUCCGUUACAGAAGAUUUUCAGCAAUGGCGUAUUCUCUGUCUUGUGGCUGGACUGGUCGUGAUCUUGGCUGCACCAGUUGUCAGCAGCUGGCUUCCUUUUUACUACACCAGUUCUAUGGCUGUUGGUGUUUUCCUCGUCGUUCUCAUGAUUAUUUUCCAGGUUAUGAGGCUAUUACCUACUGGGAGGAAAAAUGUUAUUUAUCUUGCUUUCUAUGGAUCUGUGGUAGGAGCUGGAUCAUUCAUCCUACAUCAACUCUCCAUGAUGGUCGACAUGAUUCUUGUCAGUCUCGGGCUGAGUGAAGACAUGUAUAGUCCAGUUGCAAUACUGGUGCUUGUUUUAAUAGCUAUAACAGGAGCUGCUUCCGGAUUCUGGACGGUGAGGAAGUUUGUUGUUUCGAAAAACGGAGGUGUGGAUGCUAGUGUUGCCCAGUUUGUGAAAUGGGCUAUGCGUUCUGUAGCCGCCACGUUUAUUUUCCAGAGCACAAUGGAUACCCCUUUGGCGAUGGGAGCUUUCGUCUCAGCUAGCUUACUCGGUUAUCUUCUCAGCAAAACCAUCCACAAUAGGAAAAGCGUUGUAUCUCAAAGGCAAUGGCUGGUCCCUGCUGGUAAAGGACGUCCAAUGCAAGGACGAGCCGAGUUUCUUAGCCGUCCUGGAGGUGGACUGUGGAACAGUGCUAGGACUGUCCCUUCUUCUACUGGCUCUCCUUCUAACGGUUUGAGGAAUGUGAUGUCAGGGUCUUCAUUUAACCGGAGAGUACCGAUUGAAAGGAAGGAUUACUACUCUACGUACCACAGGACGCCGAACCGGAAGAGGUUGACAAAGGAAGAGUAUGAAGAGGUGACACAAGAGACGACGAGGGAAGCAAUGGCGGGACUCACUGCUUCACCAGGAUUCAGUGAUUGGUUGAUUGAGCAUGCUGACAGAAUCAAGUUACUUCCCGGUGAAAGUUAUGAUGAGGAGUUCGAUAGUGAGUCAGACUCAACCGGUGAACAAUCUUGGACUGGUUUUAUCUGGUAGAGAGUGGAAACCGUUGAGGCAACAAUUUCUUUAACUAGUUGCAGGACACGUGUCGUUUAGUGAUUCAUUAACUUGGCAUGGAUGAGGAUGUAGUCGGGCUUUGUUUCAGCUUUGAGAGAGAUUAGGGGGAUAGUUAGGAGUUAGAAUGUGUUUCAAAAUUAUUACUAUUAAUCUUUGUACGCAGCUUAGGUUACUUGAUUGUGUAGUGAUGAAGUUUGGUCCUUUUGUUUAUACCUCUUUUAAAUGGAUGAAAGAGAUUUUGGAAUUAUCAAUUUAAAAAACAAAAAAUUUAUUGGAA